UUCAACAUGCAGAAGGGUCUAUCGCGCCUCGUCUCUUAAGCCCUCAGCCUGGAUAUAGUAAUUGUAGGAUUCUUCUCCAUUAUGAUGUUCCUCGUUGGUAUCGUCUGUUUAUUGGCUCUUAUCACAACAAGUGUAUGUCAUGAAUGCGAGCGUCCGUGUGCGUUGGGAGACCACCGCACGUGUAUGUACAAGUUCCAGGUGCAGGAGUACCACACAGUGAGCCGCGCCUGCUACCAGUGUCCACAUCACCCCCAAGACUGUGCCCGGGAGGAGUGUGCGGCCGCAGAUGGUGUACGUAGGCCGCUCCUCACUGUGAACCGCCAGCUCCCAGGACCAGCUAUUCAUGUGUGUGAGGGGGACAGGGUGGUGGUAGACGUAUACAACUGGCAGCUGUCGGACACUGAGACCAUACACUGGCACGGUCAACACAUGAGAGGUUACCAGUACUUCGAUGGCGUCCCCUUCAUCACCCAGUGCCCCAUCAUGGGUGGCAUCUUCCGCUAUGACUUCAUCGCUGGCACACCUGGCACUCACUGGUGGCACUCUCACUCAGGGCUACACCGCGCUGAGGGAGUGUUUGGGGCGUUUGUGGUCCGACAGGCAGAGGAUCUACACGCCGGGGCUUAUGACAUCGACUAUCCCGCCCACGUCCUCGUCUUCCAAGAUUGGUUACACAAGUCAGCUCUGGAAAAGUUUAUGGACCACAACUACAAUGGACCGGAUGACCUGGCCACCACCAUCCUCAUCAACGGCAAGGGCAGGAACUCCGCGGCUCAGGCUGAGAGCGUAGAGGCACAGCCGACGCCCCUGGAGGUGGUGAAGGUAACACCCGGCUUACGUCACCGUCUGCGUCUCAUCAACGCCGCGGCUCUCAACUGCCCCAUGACUGUCAGUGUCGACGAUCAUUACCUUACUGUCAUCGCUACUGACGGCCAAGAGAUCGUUCCCCUCACCGCUAAAUCCCUCGUUAUCCACUCAGGUGAAAGGUUCGACGUGGUGUUGACGGCUGACCAACCCAUUGAUAACUACUGGAUCAGGGUUACUGGCCUUGUGGACUGUGGACCGAGAGAGUGUGUGCAGGGAGCCGUGAUGAGGUACGAGGGAGCCCCAGACCUCCUCCCUGCCUCUCACCUCACGUAUACUGCCACCUACCCGCCAGGUGUUGUGGUGAAUCCUUUCAACUCAGGUGGUGCUGCCAAGGAGGAGGUCACUAUGGUCGAACUAGACGCCCUCUGUCCCAGCAUCUUGAAGGAAGACGUCGACAAGCAAUUCACACUCUCCUUCAACUUCAACUUUGUCAACAACACGCACCUCUUCAACCCUGACCUCUAUCCCCUCAACACCGUGCCUCGGAAGUGGAAGUUAAGCACCCCGCAGUUCAACCACAUCACCUUCAAGCUCCCGGCCUCACCUCCCUCCCAAACUGACGUCCCACACCCCUCCCUCUGUUAUUAUGGCCAGCCAAUACACUGUAAUGGGGACUUCUGCAGCUGUACCUACGUGUUGGAGGUGGCGCUGGGGGAGACGGUGGAGCUGGUGUUGGUGGAUGAGGUGCUAGGUGACGAAGGCCACCCCUUUCACCUACACGGUUACAACUUUUAUGUGGUGGCCAUGGGCGCCUCGGCAGGUGAUAUCACUUCAGCGUCUGAGGUAGCGGCCCUAGAUGCUGCUGGACGCAUUAGACGUAAGUUGAAGGACGCCAUCAAAAAGGAUUCAGUCACCAUCCCUGACGGAGGCUACACCAUCGUCAGGUUCACAGCAGACACACCUGGUUGGUGGCUGAUGCACUGCCACUUGUCUUUCCACUCUGAGGUCGGGAUGGCUGCUGUCCUACACGUUGGUGAACCUGAGGACCUGCCGCCCGUCCCUCAAGGCUUCCCUACUUGUGGUUCCUUCAUGCCUGACCUGUAGGAACCUAUAGGACCUCCCUUCCAUCACACCUAACCUGUAGGACCUCCUUCCUUCGCGCGUGAUCUGUAGGAACCCUCUCUCAUCACACCUGACCUGUAGGACCCCCCUUUCCUUUACCCCAAUAAAAUUUCCUCCAUCCCUUCAGUUCGGCUUAGUAGCCUAGUUUAACGUUUUCUAUGAUUUGCAACUUAGUAUAAAAGAAAACGGCACUUUGUUUAUUGGGUUUAUGUUGUAUAAUAAAGACUCUAAUGAUAAUGAUAUGAAUAAAUGGUUAAUAUUA